GUAGAGAUAGAUAUAGAGAUACCUACCUACCUGGCACAGUGCACUUCGUUCUCCAGGAAUGCAAAGCAGCCCUUCUGGCCCAUCCAACUCGCCCGUCCCCCCUGCGGGUGGUGCCCCGUCGUCGCCUGCGAAGCCGACCGCCCCGCCACCGUCGCCUUCCAAGUCCCCCAAUGCAUUCCUCCAAAAACUGGCGGAAAAGGCAGCCACCGCAGCCAAACCACCAGUGUCUGCGAUCGAGCCCCGCACGUUGAAAAUCUUCACGGGAACGUGGAACGUCGGCAACAAGAUGCCUCCUGCGACACCGGCAGGCAUCAAGUCAUGGGUGCCCGAAGGUGGAGGCGACUACGACAUUGUGGCCAUUGGGCUGCAAGAAAGUACGUACAAGAAGAAGGCAUCGUCGUCCCCUACACAUCGAGACUGCGUCGAAGCUGUACCCGAGCACGACGACGAGGACGACGACGAAGAAGCGGCCCACGACAUCGAGCUCCACGAUGUCGUUUUGGACGACGCCAAAGGGGCGCCGCCCCCGCCGUCGUCGCUCAAGCGGGCGUCCAAGAGUUUACGGCAGUCGUUCAGUGACCUCACGCGGCGAGCCAGCACCACGACAUCGGCUCAAUCGUACCCGUUCUUUGUCCAGCUACUCGAGCACUUGGGGGCUGACUACAUGGUGGCGGGGGCUGUGGAGCUCAUGGAGAUUCGCUUGGCAGUUUUUGUGCAUACCCGCAACGCGGUGUCGGACGUGGAGAAGAUCACCGAAGCCACGGGCGUCGGCAAUGUGAUUGGCAACAAGGGUGGCGUCGUGGUCAAGUUGGUGGUGGACCAGCGGUCGUUUUGCUUUGUCAACUGUCACUUGGCAGCUCACGAAGCGCAAAAGUUUCUCGAGCGGCGCAACAGCGACGUGUCGGAAAUUCUGAGCGGCGCCCGCGUGGGCCAGCGAGGGAUCGAGCUGGACCACCAGUUCGACCAUGCGUUCUGGAUGGGGGAUAUGAACUACCGCGUGCACCUUGGGUAUACCGACCCGAAGGACAUGACCAAGGAGGAGCAUUGGGCCGCCGUGCACGAUCUUGUCACUCGCAAAGAGUACGGUAAACUCUAUGCGAACGACCAGUUGCAGCACCAGAUGCAUGCCAACAAGGUACUCGCGGGGUGGCACACGGUGCCGUGUGAGUUCGCGCCGACGUUCAAGCGGCUUCGGGGAAAAGAACACGAGUUUACGCAACAACGGGUGCCGUCCUACUGCGACCGCGUGCUGUGGAAGUCGCUGCCUGGUUUCGAGUCGAAUUUGACGCUGACUGCAUACACAUGUGUGCCAGACAUCAGCACGAGCGACCACAAGCCCGUGUACGCGGCCUUCGACGUGCGCCCGCUGCCGACGCCGUCGCCUGACACCUCCACCCACGACGUGAUUGAAAUCAAGUUGUCGGACGUGUCGGCAACGAAUCUGGACGCCAUGGACAUGAACGGCCAGAGCGAUCCCUACAUCAAAUUUUACUGUGCCGUGCCAGACCUGCUCUUGCCAGAUGAAAACAAACACCCACAAACGGCAGUUCUCAAAAACACGCUAAAUCCAACGUGGGACGAUGGUCAAGUUCCGGCCCUUCAGCUCAAGUGCCAGCUGAACCAGCUCGUUCGACUACACCUCGUGCUCGUGAUCAUGGACUGGGACGCCACGUCAGCCGACGAUCCCCUCGGCCAAGCGGUCGUGUACCUUCCCGACUGCUACGAGCCUGGCGAAAGCGUACCGUUUGACGUGCCUGUCGUCCGCGCUGGUAUCAAGGCAGGGUCAAUCCGAGGCAAGGUGUCGAUCCAGCCGUCGGGCAAAAAGUACGCCGACUGGGAUAAGAACAACACGCAAGUCCCUGGCUGCACGUGCUUGGUCAUGUAGAUUUUGAGAGAAGAAGAAUACAGUAGCCAGAAAUAAAAUCGCUUGAUAGUACAUCUGUUUACAUCUUGGUCA